AUGAACUGGACGCAGUACUAUCCCGCCUUCGCAGCCAACGAUGAGACUCCCUCCACCGAUCCUACAGUCACGGAAUCCAUGACCCUGGAUGCCUCGAAGCCGAAAACGCGCAGUCUAACGAAGGAUGUGGAGGUUGUUGACAUUGGCUGCGGCUUCGGAGGCUUGACCGUAGCUCUGUCACCGAUCCUCCCAGAGACCCUCAUUCUCGGCCUCGAGAUCCGCACUUCGGUUACCGAAUAUGUCCAGGAGCGCAUCAAGGCCCUCAGAGUUCAGAAUCAGGAGACUGGCGGGUACCAGAACAUCAGCUGCCUCCGAGCCAACAGCAUGAAGUUUCUCCCCAACUUUUUCAAAAAGGCACAGCUCUCCAAGAUCUUCAUCUGCUUCCCCGACCCGCACUUCAAGGCACGGAAACACAAGGCCAGAAUCGUAUCAACGACGCUCAACUCCGAAUACGCCUUUGCGCUGCGCCCAGGAGGCAUCGUGUACACCAUUACAGACGUCGAACCCUUGCAUCAGUGGAUGGUGGGCCACUUCAAUGCCCAUCCUGCAUUCGAGCGUGUGUCCGAGGAAGAACAGGAGGCGGACGAGUGUGUCAAGGUGAUGGCGUCCGAGACGGAGGAGAGCAAGAAGGUGACGCGGAAUCAGGGCCAGAAGCACAUUGCGCUUUUCCGCAGGCUGGAAGAUCCUCCAUGGUGA